GGUUGCUGCCUGUCCUUGUCCCUUGCCAGCGCGACCCUCAUGCGGCAUCCCUGGGGAACGCCGGAUAUGCACGAUUAGCACGUAGUCGGGUUCUCCGAUGCUAAUGGCAGAUGUCAUGACUCGUGGCUGGUCUGGAGCUUAUCGGAAACGUCAAUCGUUGGUAACACUGCAUCCGCUAGAGCUUCAUGGUCGCUCUUGGCUGCUGAGGAUUCUAGCCAGAUUCACUAACGAUAGGAUGGUGUGCUUGACUUGCAUGCUGUUAUCAUUCACAGUGGGACUAUCGCAAGAUGCACCUACUCAGACUAGUCGUCGUUCCUUCUCACCUCCUGGUGGUAGAUAAGAUGACCGGAUCCGCGAGGUCAUGUCGCAAAGGGCACGUCUCGUCUCAUCACUCGAAGCGCUGCUUGACCGGUCGCUGUUGCACCAAACUUGUUCCUCUAUUUCUUAAGAGACAGCAAGCAUGGCUUCCGAUAGCAAGUCAGAAGACGUCAUCGAGACUCGGAAAAUUGACCUCGACCUGGAUAGCGAUUUACUCGAACAGAAUGAUGAAUUGAAAAAAGAACACCUCAUAGCCGAGCAGAAAGAGCUCACUCCGGUCGAAGCCUUCAAGUGGAAUGUCGAAGGAGACCAGUCACCUUUUCCGGAAGUGGCGGCCUGCGUGCCUAACACCGAUGAUCCGAGUCUACCAUGUAACACUGUUCGUGCGUGGAUCCUGACCACCAUCUUUGUUAUGCUCUUCGCGGGUGUCAAUCAGUUUUUUAGUAUGCGAUAUCCCUCUCUCACUGUUCAAUAUGUUGUCGCUCAGCUACUCGUUUUCCCAAUUGGACGAGCAUGGGAAAAGCUUCCUCGAUGGAGAGUGCCGCUUGGAAGACUAUCGUUCGACAUCAACCCAGGGCCAUUCAGCAUCAAAGAACAUGCCUUUAUUGCUAUUUGUGUCAACAUUAGCGCCAGCACGGCGUAUGCUUCCGGUUCACUGGUCGCGAUCAUUAUGCCACAGUACUGGGGCAAGGACUACGGGGCAGGAUUUUCAUUCCUGUACCUAUUGACAUCGCAAAUGAUGGGAUUCGGCCUUGCUGGCAUGUCCCGUCGCUGGCUCGUCUAUCCUGCAGCUUUGAUCUGGCCUCAGUCUCUGUCCUCGACGAUUCUCUUCCGUGCCCUUCACGAGCCAGAAAAUCGCGCCCCUGCAAAUGGUUGGAAGCUCAGUCGCUACCGCUUUUUCGCAUACGCGACUCUCUUUGGAUUUGUAAUCUACUGGUUUCCCGAUUACAUCUGGACUAGUCUCAGUACAUUCGCGUUCGUCACCUGGAUUGCGCCACAUAACCAGAAAGUCAACACUAUUUUUGGGAUGAAUUCUGGUCUCGGGCUACUGUCGAUUAGCUUUGACUGGACACAGAUCAACUACGCCGGCUACCCUCUGAUGACGCCUUUCUACAUCACCUGCAAUGCUUUUGCAGUGGUUGUCUUCUUUUACCUCUUUCUCUCGCCGAUAUUGUACUACAAAGACGUCUGGUUUAGUGCAUACCUGCCUCUUCUGUCGUCAUCGACGUUCGACAACACCGGCAGCUCGUACAAUGUGACGCGGGUCGUCGAUUCUAACGGAGACUUUGUCCUCAGCAACUACAAGGAAUACUCUCCCAUGUACAUCUCCAUGUCCUACUCGCUCACCUACGGCCUGUCAUUCGCUGCCGUGACUGCCAUCGUGGUUCACACAUACCUCUACAACGGAUCGGAGAUCUGGGCCAAGUUUAAAAACUCCCGUCAUGGAGGUGAAGACAUCCAUCGCCGCUUGAUGCACUCAUACCGCGAAGUCCCAGACUGGUGGUAUGCAGUGUUGUUUGUCAUCAUGGCAGGACUUGGCAUUCUCACCGUGCGAUACUGGGAAACGGGCUUGCCAGUGUGGGGAUUCAUUGUCGUCUGCUGCGGAAUGGGCGUGGUUCUGAUCAUCCCGGAGGGUAUCCUGGAAGGAACUACAAACCAGAGAAUUUUCCUCAAUAUUAUCACUGAGCUGAUCGCCGGAUAUGCUUGGCCAGGAAAGCCCAUUGCCAACAUGAUGGUCAAGUGCUACGGCUAUAACUCGGUCAAGCAUGGGAUGGACUUUGCCCAAGAUCUCAAGCUCGGGCAGUACAUGAAAAUUCCUCCUCGUGUCCUCUUCUGGGGUCAGGUGUAUUCUAGUAUCCUGGCUACCAUGACCCAAACAGGAGUUCUCCGCUGGAUGAUGGGCCAUAUCCACGGACUGUGUGACUCGGAUAAUGCCCAACGAUUCACCUGCGCCGGUGCAAAGGUGAUGUACAACGCCAGUCUGAUCUGGGGCACUAUCGGUCCUCAGAGAAUGUUCCAAUCCGGACAAGUGUACCACUCCCUGAUGUAUUUCUUUUUCAUCGGACCCGUGGUCACGGUAAUUGUGUGGCUCUUCUACCGCCGGUACCCGCAGAGUUGGGUACGGUAUAUCAACGUUCCGAUUUUCUUCAACGCUGCAGGAAACAUCCCCCCUGCCAAUACCACGCAAUACUCUCUGUGGUUCUUCUUCGGAUUUCUCUUCAACUACCUCAUUCGCAAACGCGCAUUUGCCUGGUGGAAGAAGUAUAACUACCUCUUCCAAGCCGCCAUGGACACCGGCACCGCCAUCGCUACCAUCAUCAUCUUCUUUGCUCUGGGAUACACCAACACCACCUUCAGCUGGUGGGGUAACAACGUUGGAUCGAACACUGAUGAUGCGAACUCAGUGCCGUGGUUGAAAGUUUCCCCGGGGGGUCAUUUCGGAAAGGGCCCUGGAGAGUUUUAAUGUCUACCAAGAUACUUAUUUUGGGGAUUAUUAUGAGUUAGCAUGCUAAGCGCACCAUCAUUGCAUAGAAGCAAAAUGGUCUGAAUUGUAUCAUAUGGCAUCGCCAAUCGACUUAAUCAAAUCACC